CCCCUCCGGUCCCUCAUGGCCGCCGCCGCCGCCGCCGCAGCCGCCGUCUCGUCCCCGGCGGUCGCCGCCCCCUCGCAGCGCGCGGCGCGACGCGGGUUCGUCACCUUCGCCGGGGCCGCCGCACGCCCGGCCGCGCUCCGAUCCGACCGCCUCGGCGCCGCCGCACGCGGCCUAUCUUCCGGUGUGCGCACCCAUGUUGCUGCUGUUGAACAAGUAGUUGUGCAGGCUACUGCCGAGCUGGAAGGUCCAGUUGUCGUUGUUACAGGUGCUUCCAGAGGGAUUGGCAAGGCCGUUGCAUUAGCUCUUGGAAAAGCUGGCUGCAAGGUCCUAGUGAACUAUGCACGGUCCUCCAAAGAGGCUGAAGAAGUCUCCAAAGAGAUUGAAGCAUCUGGUGGUCAGGCUAUUACCUUUGGGGGGGAUGUUUCAAAAGAAGAUGAUGUAGAAGCUAUGAUGAAAGCAGCUAUUGAUAAAUGGGGAACCAUUGACAUCCUGGUAAAUAAUGCAGGGAUAACGCGAGACACAUUGUUGAUGAGGAUGAAGAAAUCUCAGUGGCAAGAUGUAAUUGACCUUAAUCUUACUGGUGUUUUCUUAUGUACACAGGCUGCCACUAAAAUAAUGAUGAAGAAGAAAAAGGGAAGAGUUAUUAACAUAGCGUCAGUUGUUGGUCUUACUGGCAAUGCUGGCCAAGCUAAUUACAGUGCUGCCAAGGCUGGGGUCAUUGGCUUCACGAAAACAGUUGCUAGGGAAUAUGCAAGCAGGAAUAUUAAUGUGAAUGCAAUCGCACCUGGAUUCAUCGCAUCAGACAUGACGGCUGAACUUGGACCGGAAAUUGAGAAGAAAAUCUUGUCGACUAUACCCUUGGGGAGAUAUGGCCAGCCAGAGGAAGUUGCUGGGUUGGUUGAGUUCCUGGCCCUGAAUCCUGCUGCCAGCUACAUCACCGGACAGGUGCUUACCAUUGAUGGCGGGAUGGUGAUGUAAAGCGGUUGAGCAACCUUGGUGGAGGUUGAUAUUUGCUCCACCUAGCGUCAUGUUUUAUGUAUUGUGCACCGAACAAUUUUGGCUUUAGAUUUAGUUUCUCUUUCGUGCUUUGUAAUCCAAUGCGGAAUAAAUCAUGUGGAGGAAGUUUAGAUCUGUGCUCUGUC